GUGAAAUUCAUCCAGCUUCAGUAACCAGUCCAGUUGCAUAGACUUUAGAUAGCCAUGUGAAGGGGAUUCCACUGUCAGAAAAGAGGUCAUCAUGGUGGACGUGAAGUGCCUGAGUGACAGGGACUUGCAGAAGCAGCUGAAGAAACUUGGGUUUUCACCUGGCCCAAUAUUGCCUUCCACCAGAAAAGUGUAUGAACAGAAGUUAGUGCGAUUGUUGGUUCCACCACCCGGUACACCGCCUAUACUGACUGGACCCAGAGAGCCGGAUGGAUCUACGGACAGCGAUGACAGUGAAGGAUCUUACUGAGUCAUCCAAGCUGGGCUUCAGCUUGCAAUUCUCCUGCCUCAGUCUCCCGAGGGCUGGAAUCAUCAGCAUGCACCACCACGCUCGGCUCCCAGAUAUUUUUCACAUGGAAAGCUCAUUUAAAACCUCCCUGUUAAAAGCCAAGCUGAAGGACUGUGUGGGGCCUACAGCGGGUUUGCAGGGACGACAAGCAGCUGCAAAAACCACCAGAAAAAAGCAAGGAUUCAAAAAAAAACCCAGUCUUUGAAAUUCAAGAGCAGCAGGAAGAUGUCGUGAAACCAAAGUCUGGUUAUAGUAAUUUCAAGAUGCUAAGAAAGAGACCCAGGGCUCCCAGCACUAAAACAAGAGCUCCAGACCUCUUCGGCCUGUGUGCGAAGCCUCCCAAAGGGAAAAGGUGUCCUGCCAGAACACGGAACAGCAGGAUCCGAUGUAGGACUGUCCCCCAAGAGAAGGAGCCCUGUGUCGGGGGCCUGGUGGGCAUCAGGGGCCUGUUCCCCCUGUGCCUGAGGCUUGCUGUCCUCGGCAUCUUCAUCAUCGUGGUGUUUGUCUACAUCACCAUGGAGAAGAAGUCGUUCUUCGGUUAGGCACCUGAGGAGCAAAGCCAGGCCUCGGGCUCACCAGGGAGGAGCCCGGAGUUAGCGGAAGGGGUCACCACUCCCGGACCUGGCAGCCCCUGGCCCUGUGCUGGGCGGAUGCAGCCAGACCUGGGCUCAGCCAGGCGCGAGAGAGAACCAGGCCGCUGUGAAGACAGUGCAAGUCAGCAAAUCCCCUAGUAGUGUCAGUCGCCGUUACAGGCUCUUUCCACGUCAAGCAGACUGCCAAAGUAACAGCCAGUUGUUUUCAGCGGCAACUUCUGAGAAUCGGUACAGAACAGACCUCUCAAGGCAGUGAAGAACUGAAGAAAUGGCACAUAUAAGAGCAUCAAGAAAGACUCUGAAAGUGAGCAUUUAGCUUUAACAGCUUCCAUAUUAGACAAAGAAGAAGAGGACUGGAUACAAGAGUAAAGGGAACCAGCCUUCAGA